CGUUCUAGUGACGUAUGUUACCCAGGGAGCAAAACAAUCAUGGCGGAGUCCGAGGCUGAAUUGUCUGUGUAUUUUGCUGUUAGCAACAUUCCCGUAACCUUUCGCUCGGCGGACCUGAGGAAUUACUUCAGUCAGUUCGUAGAGAGCGGCGGCUUUCGCUGUUUUCACUACCGCCAUCGACCCGAGGUCCUGCGAGAGUCCGAGGGGCUCGAAAACGCAGCGUGUGGCGGAACCGGAGAAGGGCCGUCCAAGUCCGCGGAGACCGGGCAGGAACGGACACGAGGCUCCGAGCAGAAGCAGCCGGCGAAGUCGUGCUGCUGCGUCGUCUCGGUUCCGAAUAAACACGCCGACAGGUUCGUCAGGAUGUACGCGGGGAACCACUGGAUUGACUCGAAGGGAAGCUGGCUGUCCAGACGCUGUGUUAUCAAAAGAAUCAAGGUUUCGCUUGUUGAAGAUGUUGAAUCGUUCCCCUAUAAAACAAAGUCUGAACAGCGGCACCGCGUUUCCUUACGAGAGCGUUUUACGGAAGCUGACCUCAAGAGCUUAUCUGAGCUCAAUCCACCUGCCCUGAUGCAGAACGGGAACGUGGGAACGCCAGUCAAGGUGUUCCUGCAGCUGAUUCAGUCCUGUCGCCUGCCUCCUCGCCUCAUCCGGAAGCUGGGCCUCACUUUCCCCAAGACCAGCUCCAACCGCCGUUACGGCAACGUACCUUUUCAGUAUCACAACACUUGCACACUUCCAGCCACAGAGGAGACUGUGUUAACAGCGAAUGGGCACGAAAUAUCAGGACCUGGUUCUGUGGCUGCUCCACUCUCUGGAUCGAAGCUAAUGGCUGAUUGCACUGAAACAUAUGAGACUGAUGAGACGGAUGAGCCGAAGGAUGAGGAGGAUGUCCAGUCAAAUGCAGAUGAUGAUGAUGACUGGUGUGAGGAGUGGGAGCGUCACGAGGCUUUACAUGAGGACGUAACGAGCCAGGAGCGAAGCAAAGAGCGGCUGUUUGAGGAGGAGAUUGAGCUGAAGUGGGAGAAAGGAGGUUCUGGCCUGGUGUUCUACACCGACGCGCAGUACUGGCAAGAAGAAGAAGGAGAUUUUGACGAACAGACAGCAGAUGACUGGGAUGUUGACAUGAGUGUUUACUAUGACAAAGAUGGAGGUGAUAUGGAUGCUCGUGACUAUGUUCGCAUGCGCUAUGAAAAAAGGUUAAGGGAGGGACUGGAAGAUCGAUCUGGACAAACACAAAAGAUUGGCAGCUUUGAGAGGUUUACUAAGGGCUUUGGCCGUCGUUUGAUGGAGCAGCAGGGUUGGAAAGAUGGUGAAGGGCUUGGAAACAGUCAAAUUGGAAUCUCUGAAGCCCUUGAGAAUGAGGGCCAACAUCCCAAUUGCAAAAGAGGCUUUGGGUACCAUGGAGAGAAACUGCUCCUACAUACUGGGAAAAAGGCCAGAAAAGACUUUCAUAUAACUACAGUGUUUGACAAACCCAAAGACUUAGAUGGAGGUGACACAUUGCUCAGACGCCAACCUAACACCAGCAUGAAGUACAGAGGUUGGCAGCCAGGUGGCAGCAUUGGACCACACAGAUGACUUCAAAGAAAUUAGUGUUUUAUAUAAUUCACCUUGACUGGCUUUUGUAUUAAAAUGUUUAAAUAUUUUGUGCA